AACUAGAGAGGUGGUUUCGUUGUGGAAAUGCUCUUUUUAAGUUUUUAUUUUAAUUUAUUGAGUUUCAUAUUUAAUAUUUCUUUAACUCUUGUGUCUUAAUUCAUUGGCUUCUUGUCACGUGCACGGCAGUGUUUCCAUAGCAACCAAGAUCAACAGACUCCUUUGCCCCGAACAGGAACACUACUGCUGUUUACUCAGGUGAGCAGGGAGGAGCUCUGACUUCAGGGGGGCAAGAGGUCCAGACCGGCUGGGACUGGAAGCGGCCAUUCUGAUUUAGAUGACGGACCUGCAGUGUUUUUUUUACUGGUGGAGAUGAUCUGAAGUUAGGUGUUCCGCCCAAGAACCCAGAGACUGUCCCCUAUGGGAUUUGAACCGCAGAACAUCCUAAUGAUUGACAGCUGCUUGACCAUCAAGCCUUCUGAAGGAUUCCACUGCUGGUUUACUCUUUCAGUCCAGUCCUGGUUCCGGACCAUUAUUACGGUAACAGUUUCUUUUUGCCGACCAAACAUGGCGUCUAAGUCAGCAACUCCACCUGAUGGACAGGUGAAGACACUGAGGAGACAAGGACGCCGUAAGGAAACUGACGUCCAAGUGUUGACCUUAUCCGGCCACAAGGCUCUGGAAGACGGACGGUCACGAGACGCCGUGAGGUGCUUCAAAGCUGCUCUGCAGGCUGCAGCACAGCUGCAAGACUCCCGGGUCCUUGGGGCCUGCUUCUUUAACCUCGGAGCAGCCUACUUGGAGGUAGGAGAACCUCAUAAAGCUCUAGACCUUCUGCAACAGUCUCAGCCUGGCUCCAAAGCUGACCGCUGCCCGGACCUCCAGUUCAACCUCGCCAUUGCCCACAAUGCACUUGGAAAAACCCAAGAGGCAUCAGCGGCGUUCCUGCGGGCUGCUCAUCUGUACAGGUCACAAGGGAACGGAGGUUCUGAAGGAGACGCCUGCAUGGAGAUGAGCCGCUGCUACAGUCAAACACAGGACUGGGUUCUGGCAGCACGCGGGUUCCUGCGGGCUGCAGACAGCUACAGAGUGGCUGCCAUGUUGGAUUGUGCGGCUAACGCCUUAAAAGAAGCAGGAAGUCACAUGAUCAGAGCAAAUCAGUUCAAUAAGACCGACAUCAGCGGCAUUUUGGGGGAGUGUCUGAGUCUGACAAACAGCGUCUCUGACCCAAGGAUUCUGGGAGACUUGUUCCUCUCGGUGGGCGUGUCUUAUUGCCAACUCAGGUGUUUCCAGGAGGCUGUCCAGUGUUUCCAGCGGGCCUUGAUCCUUCCAGCUCAGCAGCCCCCCCUGCUGGCCAAAGUACUGCAGAACCUGGGAGCUGCCUUGAACUCCAUGGGCCAGUUCUCAGAGGCAGUGGGUUAUCACAGGCUGGCUGCGGGGCUCUACGGCUCUCUGGGUUGCCAUGGCGACCGGGCUCGCUGCUACAGCAAUUUGGCUCAUGCGUGGACCCAGCUGGGUGAUGAAGACGAGGCGGUGGAGAGCUUCAUCCUCUCUCUUCAGGGGUUCAGAGACACAGAGAAUCACCUGGCUCAGGUACAGGUGUGUCAGUCUCUGGCGGAGUGCUAUCUGAGGCAGAGAAAACAUCAGAGAGCAGUUCAACUCUAUGAACAGGCUCUGAGCACGCUCAGUCACUGCAAGGAAGACAGAGCUCGUCAGGACCCGCUGGUAAAGCGUCUGAGCACUGCGCUGCAAAAGAGUCUGUGUGUCGGGGUGGAGGUGGGGGUCCUACACCCACUGCAGCAUCCACCUUCCAUAAUACAGUCGAGACAUGAGGCUCAUUCCAGUUGUUUUCUGUGUCAGAAGCCUAACCCACAAAGACCACAACCCCUACAAGCUGCCGGUACGACCCCCAUCAGAAAGGAUGACAUCACUCACAGCCUGGUUCCUGAGGCCAAUCAGCAGUCACUCCGCUUUAGUGUGAAGAGGCCAGGUGGAUUAGGAGAUCAGAGACUUUCAGCAGAAGGAAGAGCCAUUGAAACACCUGACGACACGACAACCGUACCUGGACCGUACAGUUCACAUCCAUCCAGACGACAUCACACACCUGAUUCACCUGAUGUUCCAGGUGAGCAGGUGCUGUGCAGAGAGGAGCUUCACAUGAGCGAAGCCUCAUUGGCUCAGCAAGCAGAGAGCCCGCCCACCAGGGGAGCUGACAGCAGCGAGACCACGCCCCCCGUGUCCAGGGGGAGGUCUCUGUUUUGUUCACUCAUGUAGGGCUGUGAUGGACGCUGAAGGGACUGAAGGCUGCUGAGGGUCAAGAGCUGGAGCCGCCUUGAGAAUUCUGUGGGGGCGAUGAGCCGGUUGGAUGUCUCCAUCUUGGGGUGGAGCAGUGUGGGCGGGCGACCCCCCCAGAGCCCCAUGGGAAAAAAGUGUAGGUUCUCAUCUGGGGGCAGUCCUGGGGGGCAAACAAAGUCUGGCUCAGCAUCAGCUGCUGCAGAGGAUCCAGAUGCUGCCUGUUGUUUAAUUCAUGACAGGCAGGAGUGCUGAUGCAGCACGCAGGUGUGUGUGUG